AAAACAAACUAAAUAAGACAUCCAGGAGUACUGUACUGUUAUAGAUUAUAAAAGUUGAAUGUUUAAAAUGCAAAUGUGAAACAAAACCUUUUUUUUCUUUUUUCUUUUUUCGUGCUUUCUUCUCCAAAUUUGGUUCUAAUCAAUCAUUUCUCGUUCUGCUCUUUCCCUCUCUCCCUGUUCGUUUAAAUGACACACCUUCGUCCAAUCCUAUAGUUCUUUUCUGUAACUAUUGAUGUUAUACUUUUAACAUCACUCUUUCGUUUUUAAACAGGUGAGAAACCCUAGUUUUUUUCUUCUAAUUAUAUGAUAACAACUCCAAUUAUUGCUUGUGUGUGAAGCUGGAUCCUCAAGUUUGUAGCUUUGUCACCUUUGGAGCAUAAUCUUGACUUGGGAUGGCGUUUGAAGGCUUUGAUCCUAUCUUUAGCAAACCCAAAGUGGAAUGGACUUCUCAAAGGUCUUCUCCGUUGUGUCCCUUUUUCGUCCAUGUUUAUGCCGCUGAUUCUUCUCACCUUGUAAUUCAUGUCACUAAUAUCUGUGAUGCCUGGGAAGCUCGUCUUUCACUUUCCAUGCUUGAGGACAUUAGGGAUAUUGUUGGAAUAGGGGGAUCCUGGUCAGAGUUUGUCAAUUAUUUUAUAACAUCCCUUAAGUCACAAGAUCUGAAGCUGGUUCUAGAGGCAAAUUCAAAUUCUGAUGCUAGUGUUAGUCAUGCAAAAUUAGUAGCUCAGAAAUCAAAAGGGAUGCCUUUGAUCACCAUUCCACUUACCAAAGUUGUGGACUGCACUGCUAUGGAAGUUAAGUUGAAUUUUUGCUCAAGCCUCUUUGAUGCAUUCAAAAUGAAAAGCAUGGAGUGUUCUCUUGUAAAAGGUGUGCGCAACCUUUCAAAAAAGCAAGAGCACUCUGCCCGGACAAACAUGUUAGCAGCUGAAAAGGAAAGAAAUGAGAGCAUUCAGCUGGAACAGAGGCAAAAGUUUCAAAAGAUUAGCGACUUAGACAAUGGUGUUUCUACUGAGGGAUUGCAAAACUCUCCAGACAAGCAAGCAACUAGGCAUGGAGGUUCUACUAAAGUCAAGAAUCGUAAGGUGCCAGCAUAUCGCAGCAGGACCAAAGUAAGAGGGGCCCUCUUGCAUGAUAAUGAGGAAUGAGUUAUAAUUGAGUUCCAUUCAAACCAGUUGCUUAGUAGGAAGGAAGUGAAAGAACGAACAAAACAAAGUAGCAUUCCAUUGAAUUUCAGAUGUUUUUGCUUGGCUUGGUAUACAUGGGGAAAUUUGAUGGGAUGGGAUGGUUAUGUUUCACUUGAUGAUAAAACUUAAGACGGCCAGAGUGAAUUUAAACUAAUCUGACAUUAUAGUGGACAUGCUUGUAUAUACUACAAUUAUUUAAACGUGUACAAUAUUUUUUAUUAGUGCUUUUGGACACCCUGUGUUGUGAAAAAAAUAUUUUUCUUUUCUUAAAAUUUGGGAAUAGGCAGGAAAUUCAUGAUAAGUUGUCCACCCAAAGUUUGUGCUUUAGGUGUAGUGUAAUGUGCUCAACCUAACUGCAGCACAUGGAAUGAAAUCUUCUGUUGGUUAACCACGUGGUCCAUUGUUAAUGAUAAUAGCCCAGCUUGAUUGCCAGAAGUAUGAGCUGAAAAAAUAUUAGUGCCACAUUACAGAAUAGAUGCCUCUUCCAUAUGUAUUAGCAUUCGUGACUUUUAGAAAUAAUGAUAAAAAUGAAUCUUGAGACAAGUGACCAUAGGAUAGUUCUCGUAAUGUUUGCCAAUUGCUUUGUAAAUGCCCCAUAAUUUAGCGUUAAAAAAGCACCCAGUUCAGUCAUAAUGAAUAGUGUAAUUGAAAUUUGGCCUGCUAAGCGAGGUAUAGAAUAAUCCCACUUUGUUUGUUCUUUUUUCAGGACAAAGCCAGUGACAUUGGCCUAGCCUGAGAUGAUUUAAAAUGAGUCGAGGAAGGAAUCUAGAUGAUAAGAGAAACACAAUGUUGUGAAUUAAGUAAUCAUGUAAAGCAAAAACCAACAUAAUAUCCUGUUAGUACAAUUUGUUGGCAUUGACCAGACCUAUAAUUCUUUAUGCUUUUUUUUAGAAUAUCUUCAUCGCUUCCUAUCAGAAGAAAAACCAAGACACGUGAACGAGAGAGAAAGAGAGAGUCACCAUAGACUUAGUUGGUGAUAACCUUGCCAAAUCUCCUUUGGGAACAUCUGUAUCUAAGAAUGACAUAAGAGAUGAACCUGUAAACCAAGAUGAAGCACACAGUGACCCCAACAUUCUUCCAUCUGUUACUCUCUCCCCCGUACCCUUCUUCUUCAAGGACAUCCUCUCCGCUCUUAAGACAUGCCCCAAACAUGUACUCCAAGCACUUUCCCGAGUUGGAGAACUCGUUGAUCAGGAACCCUUCAAAGGGAUACUUAAACAAGGAUAUAUAAUGCAUGAAAAUCCAGUAGUUUGGAAUUUCUUGCUUUGAUAUGAAGUACCCAGAGAACAAGAAGAAUGACCCUAUAACACCAGCAAUCACUGAAUUCCCAACAAUAAAAUUAGGCACCAGAGCACUAAAACACACCACAACUGAAUUGGCCGUGUAAAGAAUCAGCCAUAUCAGCAACAAAAAGUGCAAAAAGGCCAAGAAAUUCCGGUUGAGACCAACAAUCCAGUACAAGGGCAUUGAGAACAAAAUGGCUAGGAUGAGAAGAAAUGGCAAGUAAACUAGGCCAUUGGCAAUUGCAUACGAUGACACACGGUAGCUUCCACAAGAUGUUUCCUUCAUUAGAAUCUCCCUUUCUUGCAGAAAAAUGGGUAGAGCUUCUAUGCUGCUUGACAACAAAAACGUUAAUAUGAAAGCAAAUAGACCCACCCUUUCAUAAGCUCCCUCUAUAUCAUCCUUAAGGUUACAAAAGAUGGAUCCCACAACCAACCCAGAAACCAGCAUCUGAAUUGUCCUACAAGCAAAUAGCUCUUUUGUACGAAAUAUGUUCUUGGAAAACCUAUGGGUGAGAAUCAUAGUUUCUCUCAAUCUAGAAUUAGCAAAAUCACAAGUGAAAUCCAUUCCAACGAAGAUGGUUUCUUCAUCAAUUACCUUGGAUUGCUGAAACAGCUGUUGCAAGGUAAACUUACCGUUCCUAAUCUCACCAGCUUCAUCACCGAUUUUUUUCUGUUGCAUUGUCCCUGGCAAUUGCCUUGGAGUUUCCACCUGAACUGGCACACAUGUCUGUUGUUGCUGAAUGGUAUCGAUGGACUCAAUGGCAAAUUCAACUACAUUGACAUGAAGAGGAAGCUCCAAACCGAUCAACCUUAGAUUUACACCAAGCAACUCAGCAGUUCCAUGGUGCAAAACACUUCCAUUGGCCAACAACAACAAUGAAUUGAACAGCUUCACUAUUCUGAACCCGGGUUGAUGGAUACUAAGGAUUAUAGUUCUCCCUUUUGUGUCAGCCAUGACCUUAAGCAUGUCAAUUAUUUGCAAAGCUGAAGUACUGUCAAGCCCUGAAGUUGGUUCAUCAAGAAUCAGCACUUUUGGUUCAUGUAUGACUUCAACACCAAUGGAAACUCUGCGCCUCUCACCACCAGAUAUGCCUCGAACCCUAUCAUCGCCAAUUCUAGUGCCAGCAACGUGGUCAAGUCCAAGCUCCUUAAUCAAUGACUUGACCCUGGAGCAGAGUUCCUCCUGAGAAAGCUUCAGCCUCAGCUUUGCACUAAACAUCAGGGUUUCUUCAACUGUAAGCAAAGGAAACAAAGUGUCCUUUUGUGUCACAUACCCUGAAAGCUUCCUGAACUGAGCUUUGUCCACAGGCUUGUGGUUCACCAACACAGUACCACCUUGAGGGUUAUGUUUGCCGGCUAGAAUCUCAAGCAGUGAUGAUUUGCCAGCUCCGCUUGGCCCAACAAUUGCUAGGAUCUCCCAUGGUUUGGCUUGGAAACUCACUUUCUUCAGCACAUGCCUUACUCCACUGCAACUUUGUUCAGCUUCUGCUUCCCCUUCUGGCUCUUUACCAUCUUGUUCAGUAUCAAGUUGUGCAGAUUUGCUGAAGAUUUUAAAAGGGUGCUCCGAUUUGUGUGUGUGGAUGGUGUAGUUUAUGCCAAUGGCCUCAACCUCACAGCCUUGCAUCUUCAUUUGAAUAGAUUGCUAUGCCUCCUUUUUCUAUAUGUUUCUCUCGGUUGUUUCUACUCUCUUCUAAUUCCCCAACCCAUUU